CGGACCCCCGGGACGACCUCUGCCCACAGCCUGUCCUCCAUGGCCCCCUCCAUCCGCCUCUCGCCUGUCACCCGCAGCCUCUUCGAUGAGCCGCUGGCCAUCGCCGUGCAGGGCCUCAGCCCCGAGCUCUUCCAGGCCUGCACCCGCUACCAGGCGGGGAACGAUGGGGAGCUGGACCUCACCCGCUGCCCCGCGCUGCCGGGAGGCAACUUCUCCAGCCUGGAGCCCAUGGGGCUGCUCUGGGCUUUGCAGCCCCAGAAGCCCUUCAGGCGGCUGGUGAAGCGGGACGUGCAGAGCCCCUUCCUCCUGCAGCUGGAGGUGUUUGAGGGCCACGGGGAGCCCCCCAGGCGGCUCCUGGCCCAGGCGCAGCACGAGCGGGCGUUCCUGCGGGACGGGGUGCGGAGGGUCCCGGUGCGAGAGGGGAGGAUCCGGGCAACACUUUUCCUGCCCCCUGGAGAAGACCCCUUUCCAGGGAUCAUCGACAUACAUGGACUUGGAGGAGGUAUUUUUGAGCACAGAGCCAGCCUGCUGGCCAAUCAUGGCUUUGCCACACUGGCCCUGGCUUAUUAUCAAUGUGAGGAUUUGCUCCAGGAGCCAACUGAACUCCACCUGGAAUACUUUGAAGAGGCGAUGAGCUAUAUGCUACAGCACCCACAGGUGAAGGGACCAGGGGUUGGACUGCUUGGUUACUCCAAAGGAGCUGAUCUGUCUCUCGCCAUGGCCGCCUUCCUGAAGAACAUCACAGCUGUUGCUUCCCUCAAUGGCCUUGUGGCCAUUACAGGUGUUCCUCUUUGUUACAAGGAUAAAACCAUCCCCUCUUUGCCCAUUUAUGAACAAUAUGCCAAGGUCAUGGAUUCCAAUAUUCUUGAUUGUUCUGACACCCUUAUUGACCCCUUUCAAGCCCCUGGCAACCAAAGCCUGAUCCCAGCAGAGAAAGCUGAGGCACAGUUACUAUUCAUUGUUGGAAAAGAUGAUCAUGUUGUCAAAAGUGAGUACCAUGCUACUGAAGUCUGCAAGCUUCUGCAGGCUCAAGGGAAGAAAAAUUCUCAGAUUCUCUCCUACCCUGGAACAGGGCACUGUAUUGACCCUCCCUUUUUCCCUUUGUACCCCAUAGUAAACCAUCCCAUUUUUCACAAGCGGGCAGUCCUGGGUGGGGCUCAGGUUCAUGCUUGGCCACAGAUCCAGGCUUUUUUCAACAAAUACUUAAAUGACAACUAA